CGGCUGCACGCCGGGGAGGGAAGGGGGCAGCAGAGAGGAGGUCAGACUAGAUGAUCAUGAUGGUCCCUUCUGGCUGUAAAGUCUCUGAGUCUCUGAGAUCUGCAGGGCACUCUCUGGCCUGGCACGGUGCCCCCUUCCUCUAGCACCGCCGUGGGGCCCGCCUCGCUGUGCAGGGUAUCCACGCCCUCCGGGGACCCCCCAGCGACCCCUCUCCACUGGGCGCCAGGCAUGCCCGGGGACGCCGAGGAGAUCACCCGUCUGCGCAAGCCCCGCUUCUCCUACGAGGAGAACCAGAUCCUCAUCCAGGAGGUGCGCGCCCACUACACCAAGCUGUACGGCACCCAGAGCCGGCAGGUGACGGUGGCCGAGCGCCGGCGCGUCUGGGAGGGCAUCGCCGCCAAGAUCAACGCCAUCACCAGCUGGAAGCGGACGGGCCAGGAGGUGCAGAAGCGCUGGAAUGACUUCAAGCGACGCACCAAGGAGAAGCUGGCGCGGGUGCCCCACUCCACCCAGGGCGCUGGGGGAGCAGCUGCCAGUGAGGAGACCUUCUCAGCAGAGGAGGAAACCAUCUUUGCCAUCCUGGGGCCCAGCGUGGUGAUGGGGCCUGGUGGGGCGGAGCAGCACCCCACAGCCUUCACCCACAGAUACCACCAUGGUUCUGAGACGCUGGCCGGGGGCAAGGUCUCCUCCAGCCCCGAGCCCUCGGUCCAGCCCCCGUGUUGCGCCCUGGACGGGCUCCUGCUGCGGCCCAAGGAGCGCGACUCACCGGCGCCCCCCUCAGCUGAGCACUCUCUGCAAAUCGUGCGGCUGGCCCCCUCGCCAGCCGGGCUGGGCCGCCGGCCCCACCCAGGACACUCGCCCACGGAGCAGCCAUGCAGGGAGCAGCUCCCAGGCUCCCCGCCUCCCCGCCGCCGGCGCCCGCGCCCUGAGCCGCCUCCGGAGCCCUCGCUGGAUCUCCUGGCUGCCCAGCGGGAGACGGCCGAGGCCAUCCGCGACCUGACCUACACCGUGCACCACAGCCUGGACCGUCUCACCAACAUGGUAGCCGCCCUCCUGCCCCUCCUCCCGGCCCAGGGACCCGGCUUGGGCGCCGCCCGGGGGGGCCUCUUCCACCAGCAGGCGCCCAUCAGCUCCCCACUGCCAGCGCCCCCCAGCAAGAGCCCACUCCCUGCCGAGACCUUCGCCACCAAGGUGGAAACGCCACCUGAGCCGGCGGAGAAUGUGGGACAAUCCCAAGGGGACCUCCCCGCCGAGGCACCCCCAUGCCGCAGCUCCCCACCACUGAAGCGAAGGAAGGGAAUCCCCACUCGGAAGCGUAGGGGGCGCUGGAAGAAUCUGUGACUCCCCAGAGUCUGGGGAUCCCCCACAGUGGAUCCUGCCCCUGAAAGUAGGCGGAUGCAGGGCACCUGCCACGGGACAGCGAGAGUUCGGUAACUCGAAGGGAAGUUCUCCUGAAGCCCCCCCGUCCCAUCCGAUCGUCCCACACACCCCACGGCGCAGAGGACGCCCUAUCUACUCCAACAGGGAGCGAGUCCCCCUCCGCCCCCGGGCUUUGCUACGAUGAGCCUAGUGGUCAGCAAAAUCCUGGCAAAAGGGCUGAAAGUGUCUGCAGCUGGAAAUCGGAGACUGCCACAUCCUCUGCCCACGUUCUGGUGCCCCACAAUCCCAACCCACAGGCCCCCGAGUUCCCCCCAGCUUUGCCAGUGCCCCUCACUCCCAACCCGUAGCCUCCUGCUAGCCCAGCCCUGGGCUCCCCCCUAGCUCAGCCGG